AUGAAUCCUGGAGAUUACACAGGAAACCACUUGGCUUUUUUUAUCAUCUUAGUCCUGGAGAUGAGCACCGGCAUGCUAUUGAAUGUGUUUAUUGUCUUCGUAGUGUGUCGCGAUUUUAUCAAAACAAAGAAAUUGAGCGGCAGCUACAAAAUUUUGCUUAGUUUGGCCGUCUCCAACGUGAGCUUUUGUAUGGUAUUGUCUGUUGGUUUGCUUGAUUAUUUCUGCAGCUUUGGGAUCUUCUCCACAGAUAACACCACUUAUAUUUAUUUCUAUUUCAUGCUUUUUACUAUCAGUUUAUGUGUGUGGUUUACGGCCAGUCUGGCCUUCUUCUAUUUCAUAAAAAUUUCCAAUUUUGAGUCAGGAUUUAUUUCCCGGGUGAAAGAGCGUAUUACCUCUGUUAUCCCGUGGAUGUUAUUGGGGGAUUUAUUGGUGUCUCUGGUCAGCAGUCUUCUAAGCAGCUUGUACUUCGUUUUCUCUGGAACACUUUCUGGUAAUACCACCGAGGAUUCUCCAUCUAUGAUCUCUAUAUUUUCGGAAUCAGGCACAAUGUUUAUCAACACUGCAAUCAUGGAUACUAUUCUCCCUUUCUUGCUGCUUCUAACCACGAUGUUGUCCACUGUCGUGACCUUGAUGAAGCACAGAAAUAGAAUGAAGAAUGUUCAAACAUCUGACGGCAAGCAUCUGAGGUCCUACGAGAAAGUUGUGUGCCGGAUGGCGGCGAUCUUGCUUUUCUAUGGAAUAUUUUACGGUGCGAUGACGAUUGUUUAUAUUACGAUCAUCAAACAGAUGGAAUCUGGAUUUUGGUUUUUGCUUCCUGCUCUAAACACCUUCAUCCCAGUGCAGGCCGUCCUCCUCGUUCUCGCUAACCCCAGGCUGAGGGCCGCUUGGAGGGGAAUAUUCUUGUGUGGCCAUCUUCGAGAAAUGUUAACCCCCCGGAAUCAACAAAACUGA